ACUAAAUUACAAAUUAAUUAGUAUAUGGAAGAGGUGGAGUGUACAGUGGAUCUGACUACUCAGGCGGUGGUGGCAGCGUGUUCGUCUGACUACACCCAGGUCAAACAAGCUGAGUCCCUGAUACUCAAACUAGAGCUCAAAUCUGGGUUCCAUCCUAUUCUCGCGGAGAUGUCGGUCGGAUCCAACGUUCCUGGUGACGCGAGGAGGAUGGCUGCCAUAUGUCUCAAAAACGGGGUCACUAAAUUCUGGCGGUCCAUGUCACCCAAUGCCCUUUGCAAAGAGGAUAAAGAUCGGAUCAAGGAGGUGAUACUUGGCUGCCACGCUGAGGAAAAGAAAGAGGUGUUUGAUCAGCUGAUAGAGGUGGUAGGAAAAGAUAUCCAGAUACGACUUUCCCAAGAACUGGCCCAAUUUCAUUCCCACCCUUCUCCAGGUAGAUUGGUAAUUGAGAGUGCCCCCACCGAGAAACACAAGGUUCGAGCGCUGACAAUGAUCUACAAAGUUGUUAAGAUGCUAUCUACCAAACGACUAUCCGCCGAUAAAAAAGGUUUUCGUGAGACUACAGAUGCGAUAUUUCCGCUUAUCGGGGCACUCUGGGAAAACUACCUCCGAAUGUUCAAUUCUCAGCCCACACUCACAUACCUACAGCCUUGCUGCAUAUCCCUCAAAAUUAUCCGCUCCAUGCUGACAUACGGGUUCGAGGACAUCUCAGUGAACCUCCCCAAAUCCUGCCUGGAAGCCAUCCUCAAGAUGUCAGUAUCACAGCUGGAACACCGGCUCACCAUCACCGACCAGCCGGUUUGCCAGCUUUACGACAAGUACCUCCUCGUCAUCAUCAAGGCUCUGAUUAAUAUUCAGGAGAAGUUUCCGGAUUUCUUUGGUCAGUACAUCGUGAGGUCGUUAGAGUUCGCGUACAAGGUGGGGUUCCAGUACGCGGAGUUGCUGGAGAUGCGGCUUGUUGCUCGAGCUCUUCAUCUUCUUAGCGGCAUAAUGCUGUGUGAAACAUACGACGUUUUCAAGCUCAACAAUCGGGGGAAACACGUCUCAUCGCUCUCUAUAAAGUUUACUGACGACCGUAAUUCGUUCUUCACCGAAGAACGGUUGAAGGACAUGUGUGUUAAAUGUAUUUCUAAGUAUCUGAAACUGUCAGAGUUCGAGCUGCAGAACUGGCAAGAAAGUCCGGAAGAGUUUGCCUUUGAGGAGACAAGACACGUGUCCCUCUUCAAUAUUAAAGCCGCGUCAGAACAUUUUCUUCUGAACAUGACCGCCACCUUUCAGGACAUCGUGUGUCCUUAUAUCGUGGAACUUAUAAAGGAGUGUACUCAACAUGAUAGAUCAAACUUAGAAACAGUGCUCAUGAUAGACAGUAUAUAUUCUAUAACCGUUACCUGUUCGUACGAUCUGUUUGACCACAUUGACAUAGAUGUUUGGUUUGCCACCUUGGUAGAAGAGCUCGUGCAGGAGACUCCCUACUGCAGCAUCCUCCGGAGACGCAUCCUAGAGGUGAUAGGGAGAUGGGUGACAAUCAAAUUGUCCCAGGAUAAACACCCGGCGGUCUAUGAAGUUUGUCUGCAGUACAUGGCAAGCUCUCAGGAUCUGGUUGUCCGUCUGACGGCCGCGACUGCCCUCAAAGCGGCGGUCUCCGACUUCGCUUUUUACCCGCCUUCUUACAGCCCAUACUUGGAGGUCACCAUGCAGUUGUUAUAUUCUCUGCUCAGAGAAGUUGAAGAGUGCGAGUCAAGAAUUAAGAUCCUGGAGGUUGUCAACUCCAUCAUUGAUGGGUGUGGUAAACAGAUAGUUGAUUUCGUGGACCCAUUAGUAGGGUGGUUACCAGGGCUGUGGGGCGUGGCCACCGAACACUCUAUGCUCCAGUCCCAACUUUUGACCACUGCUAGGAAACUGUCCCGCUGUCUUGGUCCUAUGAGUGUAAAGUUGUACGGCUUCACUGAUCCGGUUCUUAAAUACGUCCUUACUCAGGACCCAGAGAUGAUAUUACUGGAGGAUGGGAUAGGUUUGUGGCUCCAACUCUUGGAAAACGCCCCCUGCAGCACACCUUCCUUCGUCCAAAUGUUUGAAUGGUUGUACCCCCUUCUUCAGCUUGGUAGUGACUCACUUAAGACUUCUUUACUUAUAAUUGAGUGUACUAUUUUGUUAGACCCUCCGGCUAUAAUAUCAAGGUACGGACCAGGACUUCUAUCGGCCUGUGUAUCACUUUACCCUGAGGUAGUAGGAGAAGCCAAGGUGCUCAUUAACAACAUCCUACUGGCGGUUAUAAAGACUGUUCCCAGGGACCAGUGGCCUGACCUCACUCCGUUACUUCACGUCUUGCUCAAAAGUCUGGACGAAUUUUCAGACUAUUCCAAGGUUUUGACAACAAAUAUCAACGUACUGUGUUACCUAAUAUUAUUAGAUCUGACGUACUUCAACAAUCUAAUAGCUUCUUUCAACAACAAAAACCUACUUAAAAACAUGUUAGAGAUUUGGACGUCCAAAGCGGAGCACUUUUACCAGAUGGAGCAGCACAAGUUGUCGCUGAUAGCUCUGCUCACUUUAUUAACGUACAACCCUGACCUUAUCUCACAUCAUUUUGUGAACAUAAUGAAGUUGAUUGAAAAAGCGGUAGGAAAGUGUACUGAUGUGGAUGAUAAGGGGACAAGGUUCGAUUGUAUACUCCGCAAGCAUUCCUCCCCCGCAGAUGAGUUUAUUACUGGAGGUGAGACGGAAGACUACAAACGCAGGAAGAUCCUGGAAUCAGCGGAUCUGAUAGCCAAGAUAGACACUCUCACCUUUCUGCGAGCCAAGUUUGCAGAACUACAACAUGCUGUGGGGGCCGAACUUUUCACCAAGCUCUCCCAGGGGGUAGAUAGAGAAAUUACCGAUAAGCUUUCCAACUAUCUGGCCUGAAGGGGCAACAUUCCCAACAUUUCAUUUUAUCAUUUUCAGCGUACUUAUAUAGUUAUAUUAGUACUUAGUGUACUUAGUGUACUUUUUGUUGUUUUUGUCUAAUAAAAUCGACGGGGAAUGUACGCAACAAAAUGCUUUGGUUUCAUGCGGGUCCUUGAAAUUGCGCUCUAACUUCUAAUCUGUACAGAAUUUUAUGAAACAUUUACUUUCAUCAUUUUGCUCUGGAUUUCUGCUGUUAUAUUUGAAUUUGUGUUUUUAUUUUGGAUUUUAUACA